CUGCGCGAGUCAGUCCGACGUUGCCUCUGCAGAGGAAAACGCGAUGGCGUCCUGAAAUUACUAAUUUUCUACCUUAUUUGAGCGUGUAAACACAUACGUAGCCAAGAAAAAAAAAACUGCAUUAUCAGUUGUUUAUUUGAGGCGUGAUAGAGCGGUGCGACGAUGUGGAUCCAGGUUCGUACCAUAGACGGGAAGGAGACACGAACCGUGGAGGAUCUUUCUAGAUUGACUAAAAUUGAGUCUUUACGCGUAAAAAUACAAGACAUCUUCAAUGUAAGCCCACAACAGCAGCGGCUCUUCUACCGAGGGAAGCAGAUGGAAGAUGGACAGACCUUAUUUGACUAUAAUGUGGGUCUCAACGACAUCGUCCAGCUGUUGAUUCGCUCUCAGACAGACCCUCCAGACAGCCCCACCACCAAGGAGUCCUCAGAUCUCGCAUCUUGUACUGCUACUUCGUCUGACUCCAAGUCUCAAGGCUGCAACUCCCCAGCUCCCGUCUCUCCUGCAGCUAUGGAUACUUUAACCAAAAUGGACAUUGAAAACAGCAGCAUCACUACCAGCAAUGGAAAUGAAACCAAGCCAGACACCAGUGCAACCAGUAACUCAACCAGUACCAAAAAUGGGUUCAAGUCCUCCAGUCCAGCACAAGACACCCAGCCACCCACAUCUAGCAGGAACACGCUGAUUGACCCAGGGAUUGGGAAGUACAAGAUCAAUGAGCUGGUGGACUGCAGGGAUGUGAGCAUUGGGGCCUGGUUUGAGGCUUGCAUCGAAAACGUGACACUUUUGCCGAAAGGACAGAUAACACCCACCAAGGGUAAGGUGGGUCGGCCUCCAAAAAGGACUAAUGGAAAGCUGGAGGCUGAGCAGGGACAGGCCCACGGCCAAGAUCAAACAACGGACAGUCACAGCAAUAAUGCUGCGUUAAACUCUGAGAGUAACGGAGCCUCCACCUCUCAGACAGACACUACGGCAGUGGACACCAAGGAGAAACAGGAGGAAGUAGUUUACCACAUUAAAUAUGAAGACUAUCCAGAGAAUGGCGUGGUGGAGAUGCGACCGAUACAUGUACGACCACGUGCCAGGACCUUGUUGCGGUGGGACCAGCUCCAGGUGGGCAUGCAUGUGAUGGUCAACUACAACUUGGAGACGCCAGAUGAGAGGGGCUUCUGGUUCGAUGGAGAGAUUGUGACGCAUACUCAAACUUCCCGCACCAAUAAGGAACUCCGAGUCAACAUCCUUCUCGGAGGUCCUGGAGAUUUAAUCGGAGAUUGCAAAAUUCAGUUCCUAGAUGAAAUCUACCAGGUGGAGAAACAAGGAGCUCGUCCGCUCUCAAGUGCAGAUGGACAGUUUAAACGGAAGAGCGGGCCAGAGUGUAAGCACUGCAAGGCCGACCCUGAUGUGGAGUGUCGAUUCUGCUCCUGCUGUGUGUGUGGUGGAAAGCAGGAUGCUCACAUGCAGCUGCUAUGUGAUGAGUGCAACAUGGCGUUCCAUAUCUAUUGCCUCAACCCUCCACUGAACACCAUCCCGGAUGACGAGGACUGGUACUGUCCAACCUGUAAAAAUGACACCAGUGAAGUUGUCAAGGCCGGCGAGAAGCUCAAGGCCAGCAAGAAGAAAGCGAAAAUGCCUUCUGCUACAACUGAGAGUCAGAGGGACUGGGGAAAGGGCAUGGCCUGUGUGGGGCGCACUAAAGAAUGCACAAUUGUUCCUUCGAACCACUAUGGACCUAUUCCUGGUGUUCCUGUUGGAACCACUUGGAAAUUCAGAGUACAGGUAAGCGAGGCAGGUGUUCACAGGCCACACGUGGGCGGCAUCCAUGGGCGCAGCAACGACGGCUCUUAUUCCCUGGUGUUGGCCGGGGGCUUUGAGGAUGAAGUGGACCGGGGAGAUGAGUUCACCUACACAGGCAGUGGUGGUCGUGACCUCUCAGGAAACAAACGAAUUGGAGAACACUGUUUUGACCAAACCCUGACUCACAUGAAUCGAGCACUGGCCCUAAACUGCGAUGCACCACUGAACGACAAAGAUGGAGCAGAGUCCAGGAACUGGCGGGCAGGAAAACCAGUGAGAGUGGUGCGCAGCUCCAAAGGUCGACGUAUCAGCAAAUAUGCUCCAGAGGAAGGAAACCGCUACGACGGUAUUUACAAGGUUGUUAAGUACUGGCCAGAAAUUGGAAAGUGUGGUUAUUUGGUUUGGCGGUACCUGCUGAGACGGGACGAUCUGGAACCAGCACCAUGGACGCCUGAAGGGAUGGAGAGGAUCAAAAAAUUGGGCCUUUCUGUUCAGUACCCGCCGGGCUACCAGGCAGCCAUGGCUAACAAAACAAAAAAGGAGGCCUGCGCUAGACCCGGUCGCGGUGGCCGCAGUAAGCACUAUGUUGGGAGGGGGAGGCCACGAAGAAAACAAAAAUUCAAGGUGAAAGAGGAAGAUGACGACGAUGAAGAAGAAGAAGGAGAAGGAGGAGAAGAGGAAGAAGAAGAAGAGCUUCCAGUGGAUGAAGUACAAGAAGAUGGGCCACAAAGUAAUGGAGCGCAGAAGACAGCUGGAGAAAGUGAAUUGUCAAAACCGGAGGAGCCUCCCUCUAAACGUGUGAAGAUAGAGGAGACCUUUCAGCUGUCGGAGCAGCAGCAGAAGUUAAUCCAGGAAGACACAGCCAACAAGAAGCUCUGGGAUGAAGCCAUGGAACACCUUAAAGAGGGGCCGAAUUUCCUGCGAAAGAUGGAGCAGAUCUUCAUGUGCGUGUGCUGCCAGGAGUUGGCCUUCCAGCCCAUCACCACCAUCUGCACACACAACGUUUGCAAGACCUGUCUCCAGCGGUCGUUCCGAGCAAAGGUGUACACCUGCCCCGCCUGCCGUCACGACUUGGGCAAAGACUAUCUCAUGACCCAAAACAAGACGCUUCAGAUUCUGCUCGACCAGUUCUUUCCCGGCUACAGCAAGGGCCGAUGAGCUUGAAAUUGUGCUUAUAAGUUGGAUACGUUCAUACACGCACAUGAGGAUUCAUUCCGUGCACCCUUGUAUACCGUCAAGUACUUACAGCUCCACUUUGAAAUGCACUGCGCUCAUAUUAUGUACUUAACCACGGGCAAAUGUAUAUUGCAUAUACAGCCAUUUAUGCAUACAAUCAUUCAUACACAAACAACCUCAGUAGGGACUGACCUCAACUGCUGAACUUGGACUCUCGCCAUCAACAUCACCAGCCUGAAAUUCAAAUAACAUUUUUAAAGCUCCCUAAUCCUUACACAGGUGGGCACAAAAACAAAUGCACAAAAAAACCCACCCCAAAUCAUAUUCCCACCAACCAUCUCCAGAAAGAUUUGUUAAUUUCCAGUUUCCACCAUGUAGUCCGCUGCAUCCAUUAAUUGGCACGCGGUACGUUGUUUUGUGGGCAAAUUUAUCUUCGAUUCAGCAUUUCAGGUCCUGCCAACCUGUUAGCAUUUUGUGUACCAUAGAUACAGUUUUAAAAUCCAAAUACUGAGCUGAUCUGAGUAUUUUGCUCAGCUGCCAAGUAACAGUGCUUAGGAAGGAGGAGACACCCACAGAUUUGACCUGCUAUGGCAAGGUAAAAUUAAGAGUUAGGCACAAUAUGUUGUGAAAAAGCACCACUAUAUUAGCAAAUCCUGUAUUUGGCUCAUUUUCCUAGACCGGUUAGGAACAUUUUAUUGAAGUGAUGCCAUUGCUAAGCCUUUACCUAACAGGGAUUAAUUGUCUCGCCACAUGUAACUUUCUCUGUAUUUAACAGAGAACAAACAUGCUGCCUUUGGUUGCUUGGAGUGUUGGAAGUCUCCGUAGAUUUAAUUUGAAGCAUUAAGAUGCAUUUACUUCAGAAAAACACAAAGCUGGAGGAGAGAGAGAAGAAUCAAAUAUCCGACAUCUGAAAAAAAAAAAGAACAAGCCAAGAACGACAUAUGAAUUACUUUUAAAUUAUUAUGUUCUGGUAGCUUACUUUAUCAAUCCCCAGAAAAUGUUCUGAGAUAAUGAAAUAAUUGGCUUUUACCUGCAACAUUGUGAAAUGCUCAAAGCAUUUGAUUAUCUGCCUGCAUGCUGUUUCCAGUGACAUCUGAAAGGACACAUUCACUGGUGGUGUUACCAAGCAACCACAAUCAGGUGGGACUUUCCACAGAGAGGGUUAGUUUGUGUUUUUGCUCUGCAGAUAUUCAUCUGGUAUUGCUCUACCUGUUAGAAUCAGUGUUCAUUAGAGUCUUCUGAGUAUCCAGCAUGGUUUGAUUUUCCAUUUGAGAAAGGUAUUUUGAUGAGUUGGGCUAUAAGGAUAAUUUUCACAUCACAUCCAGGAGCCUGAGAUGCAUGUGGCUCAGUGUGCCGUGGUAGAACCAAACAAGAGGCAGCUGAAUUAUAUUUCCUGAACGGAGAGCUUUCCAAGCAUCAUGAUGGUUAUGUGGAUCAACACCAUCAGAGCACAAGGGUCACUGCCAAAAUGUGCAGCACUCCUAAAUAAACUCGAUAUAUCCUUGAUCUAAAAUUCACUGUGACCAGUCUAAUGUUGACAUGAACGAUCAUUCACUUAUCCUGCCCGGUAACAGACAAAGAUAGAUUAGUGUGCCUUGCAGUGCUUUCAGUACUGUCAAGUACCAAACGCUAGCACUCAAUAACAGAUCCGUUUCAAUAAGUUUUAAGUUCUUCAUUUUAAUUCAUGAUGUAAAAUAACAAUUUCACACCAUUGUAUUCUGGCAAACUUCUUGUUGGGCUGCUUGUGUUUUAUGCGAUGUUAAACAUUUGAGAUCUUCUUGUGUUCAAUAAGUCAUAUUACCCUAUUUGGGGUUUUCCCUUUUUAUUCUUUAGUGUGUUCAAUAGGUUUUUUUUUCUGCAUGUAAAAUAUAUGAUGUUACAAAGUCCAAAAUUUCACACACAAUGGUGUAGAUACUGUUGAACUGAACAUAAUGCAUAAUUAUGUAUGCGUUUUCAUCACCAUGAAACAUAUUUGCAUAAUACCUGUGCAGUAGUUAGUUUAAUUUUUGACCAGUCAGCUAACCAGACAGAGAUGAAUGGCCUUUUUUUGUGUCAGAAUAAGGACAGGAGGUGCUGAAUUGGAAAAAUAGAAGAACUUGUUGGGAUGUAAACUGACAAAGUAAAACCAUGGACUUGUAAAUCAAAACAAAAUGAGUGCGAGUAACUAUAUACCAGCAUGUGGUGAAACUGCUUUAAGUCACUUCAGAAUUCAGAAACCCAGGACAAAACAAAGUCAUGUCAUUCUGAUAACACUGCAUAAAACGUUCAGAAUUGGUUUUAAAAAGACAAGAAUCAUAUGAGACAAGAGUUGAUUUAUUAUUCCUGUACAGGAAAACAAGGAUAUGCUUCUAUAAGCCAAUUAGGAUAAAGAAACUAACGGAGGGGUAUUUUAAAAAAUGUUUUUAUUUUACAUGCCUGUUUUCUAGCUCAUCAGCAGUCCAUGGCCUAAAAUGAAAAUGAGUGAGGAAUGGCAGAUGAAAACUGAAAAGUUUCCUCCUAUACCUCUUUUAAAGACACUCUGUUUUAAUACUGCUUCUGGACUCAUGGUGGCAUAUAUCAACGCUGCUUUGACCAAAGAGCCACUGACAACAAGGUGUGAUAUUGAGCGGCUUUGUAAUACCACUGUGUUCCACUAGGGGUGCAAUUCGUUGCAUCUCUUGCGAGGAGCUGAAACAUGAACUAUCUUGUGAUAUGCUGCCCCCAUGUGGUCAGAACUGGCAUUGCUACAUAGAAUGACUAGGGCAAGUAUGUGUAAAGAAAGCUCAAACCCGUCUUUUGACUUUUAUAAAACCCUUCAUUUUGGAGAAAAAUAUGUUUUGUAAUGUUUGCCUUAUAUGUAACUAUUCUGCAAGAUGAGUUAAAACUAGACAACUAAAAGCACUUGGCAGCUUGAUAAAUUAUCAGCUUCUGUUCUGCUCAUUUCCUCUACAAUCAUGUUAAAAAAUAGCCAUCGCUUACAGACAUUUUUCAUUGGUAUUUCCCUUAUAAUUCUAAAUUGUUUAACAUUUUUUUUAUCAUAUUUUUCCAAACUUGAUUCUUUUGUUUCUGUGUUGCAAAAAUGACACUUUUGUGAUAGCUGGUUUUAAAGGAACGCCGGUGCUCUCACACAUCCAUGUUCAGUUUUUGGUACCUUUUGAUUAUUUUCUAUCAUUCAAAGGGUUUGUGGAUUAUGAUAUGCAUUUCUUGCUGGAUACAUAGAGGUCUGUAACCAAAAUAACUUAGAUUUAACACAUAAAACUCAACAUCUGAGUUAAACUUUUUUUUUUUUUUUUUUUUUUUUUAAAAAGCAGCUGAGCAUUUACAUUUUUUCCUGUGCUGGUUGUGUUGUGUAAAAGUAUCCACGGUUGGCAGAUCAAAUAGGACCCAAACAGAAUAUCUGAUGGAGAGCAGCGGCACCGUCUCUUUAUUGACCCAUGAUGUAAACAAGCCAUCUGAAGUGCUCCACUGCAUAUAUUAUAUCUGAGUUGGUUUUGUGGGAAAAUGUUGCCCUUUUUCUGUGACAUAGUCAUGUUUAGACUGAUCAGCCAUGUUCUGUUUAAGGCAUAAUUAAGGACAGCGUCCGUUGAGUUGGCACAUGAGUUUAUAUGUUUUUGUUGACAUGCAGGCCCUUGAUGAACGCUGUCCAUCAGGGCACCGUCUUGUUCCUAACACUCCCUCUCAUUGGCAGGCUGUCUGUUUGUGGUUAUGUCCUUGGUUCUGUUCAGUUAUUCAGGUUUUUCUUUUUUUUGAAUCAACAUGAAAAUACAAAUGCUAAUAUUGUUCUUAAUGCUAACUGUGAUGUGCAUAUUUUCCACUGUUGCUGAGUCUUAUUUUAUUCCUGCAUUGACUUGCAAGCUACAGCCCUCCUUCCUCUCUCUGCUGUGACCUUUGCACCCGACUCCCGUCUUUUCCUCCGUCUUCUGCUCUCUGUGAAGCGACAGUCAGUACUAACAACUUUUAGACGUCUUGUGGACGCUUGGCUUUAGUGCUGUGUUUUAUUUUCAUUGCAUUCUUUUGAAGAAUAAAGUUUGAGAAGUCAUGUUUGAUUUUCCUAUAAUGCUUAUUAAUAUCUCUGUCUGCCAUUUAAGUUGCAUUUCUUCUUUUUUAAUCAGUCAUUUUUUAUGUUGGCAACCUCAAACAUUUGCAGCAAAUGCCAGUCAGAAUUUUAAUGCUCCGUAUUGUGAUCUGAAAUUUUUUACAUGUCAUAAUACUUGAUAUGUACCAAUUAAAUAUUUGGAUUCAAGAACUAGGUUUGUUUUGUUUUUUUAAAUGUGUAAAACUUUAUUUUUCAGAAAACAAAUUUUACUCGGAACCAAUUUCCUUUCCCUCUGCUUUUGAGAAUUGUUUUCCUGCUCAUAUGAAAAACUCCCAAUAAUUAUCUACAGGCAAAAAGAAAAGGAAGCAUUAACGCAUUCAAUGCAGUUCUUUGAGAACCAAAACAUUUGUUUGCUUUUGAAUAAUUAACUGUUCCCACUGAAGGGAGUACCUGCUUUUAGGUAUCAAAUUUUGUAACCAUAUAUAACUUUAAAAUUGUAGAAAUGCAUCACUGCCAGGAUAAAACUCACCUUACUUCAAGUUUGUAUUAACUGUGACACGUCUUUGUUGUAAAAACAGAUUACACAACAUUGACUGGUGUUGUGCCAUAAUUUAUGCUCCAGUGAAAGAUGAGCAGUCAUGCUGGAAAUAACAACGUGCCCUACUCAGACAUCUUGGACUCAUUACUCUUGCAUAAUUUAGGUUCUUGUGGAGCCUCCUGCUGGUUGGAAGAGUCGCAUGUCAACCCCGGUGCUUUUGUAACCAUGACGUUCAAAUCCAACCACAUUUAGCACCAGAUUACAGUUGCACAAUACAUUUUACAUAAUCUUAUUUCACAAAAGCAUAAAUUCGUAAAACAUUGAACACAAAGGAAGUAUUUUUAUUGUUUUAUUAUCACAGAAGCACAACAGGUACCACUAUGCAGGUGAACAACAUUCAACACUAUUGUGGGGGGGAAGGUUUAGAACACUGAUCAAAAGGGAGAAAAUUCCAAUCUUUUUUUUUCCCAACCUCCAAAAACAAUUUCUAUAAUAAUAAUAAUAAUAAUAAUAAUAAUAGAUACACACAGCAGAUAGAAGCAAAAGCACUUUGGAUUAUUGACUUUCCUCUCACUUGGUACCAUUACACUCAUAAGGUCUUCAAUGUGAAAAUAAACCACCUACAUCAGACAUGCAACAGGAUUCACCUUUUCAUUACACUCGUAGUCUGAACUGCUCAGACAGGAAGUGCAAAUUUUGGGGCUGUUGCUUGAAAUUAAAGUUAACAUGGCUACAAAAAAAAACUGGUCCCAUUGAUUUUUCAUUUGAAUUAAGGGGGAAUUUGGGGGGGGAAAAAAACAAGGCUGUAGUAUCCAAGUAAAAACCAGAUGAUGCAUGUUGUAU